ACUAAAUGGGGGAAUUCAUUGCACGCGAUGAAACAGGAACAUUCAACCUCUAAAUGUAAGGUUCGUGCAGGAACUCCCAAGACCGUCAAGAUGAAGCUGCAGUUUUGGGCAGCCAUCUUCAGUCUCACUACAACACUUGCACUGUGUGGCGUCAAAGACUUUAGGGAGCAUUUCGAACAACUGAGUGAGACCCACUCGGUAAACCCUCGUGGCUCCCAAGGCAAUGGAACUCACCUUUCACCAGAAUUCCACAUGGAAAAUACUUUGACCAAUGACUGGAGUGUCGAAGAAGAGGAAGACGACUAUCUUGAUUUUGACAAACUAUUCAGUGAAGACUACUUUGACAUAAUUGAUGCUGCACCAGAAACAACUUCUGAGAUUAAACAAGGGAACAUUCUUGGGCUUUUCCCAGGGAAAACCAGAAUCCAACGUCUCAAUAUUCUCAAUGCACAGUUUGGCUUCAAUCUUUAUCGCAGUCUGAAGGACAAAGCCAGUGCUUCAGAUAACAUCCUUUUGGCCCCUGUUGGCAUUUCAACGGCCAUGGCUAUGCUUUCUUUGGGACUGAGAGGUCAAACUCAUGAGGAAGUACUGACUUCUGUGGGCUUCAGGGAUUUUAUUAAUGCCAGCUCUACAUACAACAUCACAACUAUUCACAACCUCUUCUAUAAACUCACUCACCGGCUUUUCAGGAGGAACUUUGGCUACACUCUCAGGUCGGUCAAUGACCUUUACAUCCAAAAACAAUUCCCCGUUCUGAGUGAAUUCGUAAGCAACAUGAAAAAAUAUUAUGUGUCUGAGGCCCAGUCGGCUGACUUUACGGACCCAACCUUCAUCAUCAAAACCAAUGAGCGCAUUUCAAAGCUCACCAAAGGAUUAAUAAAGGAUGCUCUGGAGCAUGUAAGCCCCACAACUCUGAUGAUGAUUCUCAAUUGUCUCUACUUUAAAGGCACCUGGGAAAGUAAGUUUCCAGUGGAAAUGACACAAAAGCGCUCUUUCCGUCUGAACGAGAAACAGUCCGUGAAAGUUCCUAUGAUGCAGACCAAAGCCAAUUUCUUGGCAGCUGCAGAUCAUGAGCUUGAUUGUGAGAUUCUCCAGUUGCCCUACGUUGGUAAUAUCAGCAUGUUGAUUGUCCUGCCACAUAAACCAUCAGGCAUGAACGCACUGGAGAAGCAACUGACACCACAAAUGGUGGAGAGAUGGCAGAAGAGCAUGACUAACAGAACAAGAGAAGUUGUGCUGCCGAAAUUUACACUGCAGAAGAGCUAUGACCUGGUUGAGUAUUUGAAAACACUGGGAAUAAAUGAACUGUUCACCCAAAAUGGCAAUUAUUCUGGAAUAGCAGAGGGGAUCAUCAUCGAUAGGUUUAAUCACCAAGGGACUAUCACAGUGAAUGAAGAAGGCACUGAGGCUGCAUUUGUGACUAGUGUGGGCUUCAUGCCGCUUUCAGCUCAGAUUCGCUUUAUUGUUGAUCGUCCCUUUUUGUUUCUUGUCUACGAACACCGCACCAGCUGCUUGCUUUUCAUGGGCAGAGUUGCCAACCCAAGCAAGCAUUAAAAGCGGAGAUGUAUCCUCCUUGAAAGCACAUUCAGUCAACAUUAAAGGCCGAAUCAGCCAAUAUGCUUCCAGAGCACUUCUAUACAUGUGGUGGGUAGAAGAGAACAUUUCUUUUCUGCCCACUUGACAUGCCUGUUUAACAUCAGACACUACCAGGUGUCCAUACAGUGAUGUUACAUUCAUACAGGUGCAAACUUAAAUAAUGAAACACAGAAACCCAUAGUGCAUGAUUUAUUCCACAAUGGAGACAGGGCAGGAAUGCCCGUUAAGUGGGAAGGACAGGAUUAGCUUUGCUCCCACCAAACACUGAUCAAUCCUGGAAUGUAGUACCCAGCCUGGCCCACAAAAUGUAACCAUUUUAUAUGCAGAUUUUGUCAUGUUAAUCACAGAAGUCAUUGAAUUUAAAAUACAGUAUAAUGAAAUCACUGCGAGAGAUGAUUUAACUAAUGAGUAAGGAUAACUGUUACCAUCAGGGCUUUUUUUCUGGGAAAAGAGGUGGUGGAACUCAGUGGGUUGCCCUUGGAGAAAAUGGUCACAUGGCUGUUGGCCCCGCCCCCUGAUCUCCAGACAGAGGGGAGUUUAGAUUGCCCUCCAAGCCGCCAAGCAGCGCAGAGGGCAAUCUAAACUCCCCUCUGUCUGGAGAUCAGGGGGCGGGGCCAACAGCCAUGUGACUAUUUUCAAGAGAUUCCAGAACUCCAUUCCACCACGUUCCAGCUGAAAAAAAGCCCUGGUUACCAUUAACUACUAAAUGUCCUGCUCCAUUUCAACAAAAGCAGCAUUAAGGCUAAUGGAAUUGGUAGUGGAUCUUGGUGAAAAAUUCUAACCAUUCAGAGUGAGCCUGGGAUCUUCUGAACCAAGAGCUGUUCCCUAUUAAGCAUGCAAAUCCAGAAACAUUCCUUAACUGUGAAAAACAGACCUAAGAAAGUUUAAGCAAACAAUAGUGAUGAAGUCCAACUUGGAAAUCAUUCUCUAUUACUGAUGUUUCAUUUUAAUGUAAUGGUAUUUACGCUUGCUUUUGAGGUGCACAAGUAAUAACAGAAUUAAGAGCUUGAAGCUUUCAUGGUUUAUAUACAUAUUUUAACAGAAAAGACCAUGCUUUUAGUUGGUCCAUCCGCAGAAGUUACUGAACUACAAACGCCUCCAUUUUUCCUGUACAGAAGCAUUUUGUGGAGGUAAAACUUCAGGAUCUAAACUUAAGACAUCAGGAAAUUCGUUUCUUCAGACGUAGCAAAAAACCCACAGAAAUAUGGAAAACGCAAUUCAGCCUAGAAAAGCAGCCCAUGAACCCAGCUACAUUUUAGGGGGAGCCUAGAUGAGGCUUAUUUUGCAAUAAUACAUGGGCAUCUUUUUUAGAUGACCACCCUUUGAGGCAAGAACAAAUUUACACUUUGCACAGCAAACCAAUGCACAGACCUCUGUGGAGCCCAACCAUAAUUCUGCUAACAGAAGCUUGUAAAAUGCCUUCCCUGUUGGGUUGCUAAAUCUGGGUUGGAAAAUUACUAGAGAUUUGGGGGUGCAGCCAGGGGAGGAAGGGGUCUCAGCAGAGUAUAAUGUCAUACAGUACACUCUAAAGCAUCCAUUUGCUCUACAGGAACUGAUCUCUGUAGUCUGGAGAAUGGGGUCAGGUCCAGAUUUCUACAACCCUGGUGGGAACCCCAAGGGUUACAUAAAAAUCCCCCAAAUUAAAGAUUUAACAUUUGGAAGGAAAGACUGACAUCUCACUGCUCCAUCUUGGCUAUCAUUUUGAGGGAGGUGGUUGGAGGAGGAGCUGCUGACGUUCCACCCACCUACCUCCCACAAACCAGGCUGGUAGCCAGGCAGGGGAGGAAGAGUCGGAGACAUACCUGCUGCUGUCACCCCUGCAGAAGCCAGGCUGGGAAAGUGGUAGUGCUGCAAUUGGUUGGGAGGAAGGGGACGGUGGGCCUGGAGGAGCAGAAGCCACCAACAUAUAAGCCAGACAGGUGGGCACUGCAAAUAGGCUGGCAGGGCGGGGGGGCAUCCAUUUAACAGACAGGAAAAGAUGGGAUUUCCCCCUCUCUAUGAGCCUGGCAGGUCCCCGGUUUGUUAUACUCUAUUCCUAAAAUGAGACCCCAUUAUUGUGGUAUUGAAACCUGGACUGCCCACCCAGAGCAGGAAUGGGCGUACCACCACCACCCCCUUCAUCCUUGGGCUCUGAGUUCUUGGACUGCAUUCUUUAACUUUGAAACAAUGGACACUGAGGUUAUAACAAUGCUAGAUAUACAAUUUUACUUAUCCCUUAAGAUAACAAUGUGAUUAAAAAGUUGGUUCAUAUUUAAUAAAAUGGUUGCGUUGAAAUCCUGAA